AUGGAACGUUUUCUGUCCUUGUUGAAUGAGAAACAGUUGGAAUCAGUAGUAUACGACCACACCAAGGCUCUACAGGUGGUUGCGGGGCCUGGGACAGGAAAGACUAAAGUUCUUACUACCAGGGUUGCAUACCUACUACUAGAAAAGGGGCUCAGUCCUAACGAUAUAGUUAUCACCACAUUCACGAAGAAGGCUACACUGGAAAUGAUCGAGCGUAUAGGGUUUUUACUCGAAGGAUCUGGGAUCAAUCCCAAAAGCUUAUGGAUUGGAACCUUUCAUUCUAUAUGUGCACGGGUAUUAAGACAACACGGCUGGAGGAUAGAACUUCCUAAAGACUGGAGAACGUUUUCGGACAACGACACGGACCCGAUCUUCGCAAAAUUGGUGGAAAAGAUGCCGGAUCAAAUUAGGGAUUAUGCACACAGUUACAACCGAAAGAUCAAUUUGCUAAGGCCAAGUGCGACGCGAGACUGGGCAGUACACCCAGCAGCGGUUAAAAAGAUGGUAUCAUGGCUGAAAUCAGAGGGUCUCACUGCUGAUGAAUAUCGUGCAAGAAAUGAUCACGAUCCUGCCUUAUUGCAUUUUUAUGAACAAUACCAGGCGGAACUAAAAUCACAGCAUGCCUUAGACUUUGAUGAUCUGCUUUUAAAUGCUUUCAAGCUAUUGUCCAAACAGAGAUGCUUACCAAACAUUAAACAUGUGUUAGUCGAUGAAUUUCAAGACACGAAUAGUAUUCAACUAAACCUCAUGUAUCUUUUCGCCCGCGGUAAUGGGACUCACUCUCAGGGCAUAACAGCGGUGGGUGAUCCCGAUCAGAGUAUUUAUGCAUUCCGGAAUGCAUUAGCUGGAAAUUUCGAAGACAUGAUCACUAACUGUCCCAUUCCCUGCGCUCGCAUAAUACUGGUAGAAAAUUAUCGGUCUUCUCAGCGCAUCUUGACAACUAGUGAGAUGUUAAUCAAACAACAACUGACGGGUCGCGAUGAUAGAUUACCUUUAAGGGCUCAGUUUGAUAGUGGCUUUCCUCCCGUGCAUAUACAGUUUCCUGCGAAGUUCUUGGAGUCCCGAGCUCUGGCAAGGGAACUCAUAUACUUACGCUCUUUGCCAAAUCUGUGGAACUAUAAUGAUUUUGCAAUGCUAGUAAGGCAACGAAGGCAAAUUAGACCUCUAGAAAUUUCACUGAUAGAACACAGAAUACCAUACAAAAUAGUCAAUGGCCGUGCAUUUUGGGAGCUCAAGGAGAUUAACGGAAUGAUGGAUUUAAUGAAAUGCGUAUAUUCAGACUACGAAAAAAAUGCAUUCCUUAGGGCUCUGCAAUAUCCGCCUCGUGGUGUUGGCGCUGCUACAGUAAAAAAACUUGAGGGCUUAUUCACGGAAUAUGAAUCACCAUUUGAGGCCUUGAAAGCUUUGAGUAGCCUUACACAGAAAAAUGAAAUGCCAGUCAAGGUUACAGGGGUCAUAAGUAACUUUGUGCAGCUGAUUGAAAAGUGUCGGGUAAUCCUAGCCGAUGCGACGAACUCUAAAGUAAUGGGUACCUUAUUUGAAGAACUAUAUGAGGGUUCGGGUUUGCGACAUGAAUACCUGUACCUGGACGGUAAAAAAAAGGCUGAUUUGGGGUCCAAGCCAGAGGCGGAUUACUCAAACAAAAGACAUCUCAAUAUUCUUAUUUUGGCUGAGCACGUCGCCAAUUUCAAGCCAAUGGAUGGAGAUCUUGUUCAUAAGGAGGGCACACAUGGUGAGGAUAUGGAAGAAGAUGACGAGGUGAACAUUCACGAUGUGUUGCGGGAAUUCAUUGAUUCCGUUAAUCUCUACUCGACAGAAACAGAAGUUGACGAAUCAAAGAUGUCCGAGAAGCAAAUACGACAAAAAAAAAGACGUGAAGGGGAAGGGUUUGUAACUAUUUCUACCAUACAUGGUGCAAAGGGUCUGGAAUGGCCCGUGGUCAUGAUUCCUGGCUGUGUCGAGGGUCUCAUCCCGUGCGUUUACGGGAAUAAGGAUGAGAGCGAUGACAGUGAAAGUGAUGAUGAUUCUGACGGUGGAAAGACCACUGGCAAGAGUACCAACAGCCCAAAGAAAAAGAGGCCGAAGACAAAUGAAGGUUCGCUAGAUGAGGAGCGCCGCAUGUUUUUUGUUGCACAAACGAGAGCAAAGUAUCUAUUGUACCUCACGUCGACCCUCACCAAUGAUUCUGAAUCCAAAUAUGAGUCCUCGGUCCCGAGCAGAUUUUUAACAACAGAACUUGUGAAAACCAUGUGUGACGAGCAGAAAGCCCUUGAUAGCUUAGUGUCCAUUCAAACCCUGUACUACGCUGCCGGGAAAACUCCACCGACGGAGGUUGGUGAUUUUUCACUUGAAGCACUCAUAAAAGACUAUAAAAUGUUUUUAAGCUAUCGGAGGGAGCGGAUGAUUUGGAAAGGUGCCACAGUAAUUGAUGCGUCGAGAAUCAAGAUUGAUGAGAAUGUCAAUAAAGCUACAACCAACUAUGGCUUCACGACCGCUGCAAUGCAGUUAAAGAACUCGCCGUCGAGUUGCAGUGAAAAGAAGUAUGCGCCAUCUAUCAGUUGUAAGCGGGAACGAGCUCAAAGGACCUCUUCCGAUUUAGGUACUCUGUCAGGCAACAACACUGCACCUGCUUAUCAGCUUUCGAGAAGUCACUCUAACGGUUCUGCUGCCGCUAAGAUGUAUGCACCGAAACCAACUGUGACCAGAAAUAUAGGAAAGGUACGAUCAUUCGCGCCAAAUGCAGAUGGUAAUUCGCAAAUUAGAAAUAGAAAAGACCACCUUCUCUCAGAAAGCGAUCAGAAACUAGAAAGCGAUCAGAAACCAGAAAGCGACCACCUUGUCCUAAAUUCAGAUAAGUACAACACAGGAGUGAGAUCUCUAAGCGACAGGCAGACUAAUAGGUGCCGAAGAACCAUAAUCGCAGAUUCUAUAGACCUAGGAGAGAUUUCUGACAGUGAGAGUGAGCCCGUGGUAGAUAUCAAAAGAGAAGAGAGCUCCAAAGCAACUUCUAUUACCAUGAAACCCGAAACGCUACGUCGAAGCCACCCCGUCGAAGGACUCAGUUAUGGGGCGAGGGUUGCCGAUGCAAAGAGGCUCGCAGACUCUAUCUCCAGUACUAUCGGCCAAAAACGAGCCCCCCUCCCAAUGAAUGAGCAAAAAAAGGUCAAGCUUGAAGUAGCAAAGAAUGGUGCAGACAUCUUGUCCAGGCUUUCGCAAGCUAAAAGAAGGCCCACCGAACCAGAUGAUACGGUCAUCGUUAUAGAUUAA